UGUUGCUGUUGCUGAUGGUGUUGCUGUUGCUCGUGUAUAUGUUGCUGCCAGCUGCUCUGCUCUGUUGACUGACUUGCCUGCCUGCCUGCUUGGCAGCCUGGCUGCCUGGCCUAUUGAAUGUGCAUCAAAAUUUAUGUGGCCUUUUUUAGUCGUUUGCGUUGAGCCAGCGGAAACGAACGUGUUGCCGGAGCAACUAUCCUACCAUCAGCAACAUCAACUAAAGCAGCAAUCGUCGCGUGUUGCCAGUUUCAGUGUAAAAAUCCCAGUGAGAGACAGGUUGCAGGUCUAUUUCGUAACCAUUUUCGAAAAGUGUGUGUGCAUAAUUUUCAAAGCAAUUGCGAAAUAAGUGAGAAACCACAAAAAUAAAAUCUAUCGGAAUCCUAUCAGCAAAAAAUAUACGAAACCAGGGAUCUUUGACCUUUGCCACCUGUUGCGGCUUCGCAGAAAAGUAAUUUCUAUAAGAUGUUUUGAGCUUCUAUACCGAUGGCCAUGCAGGAUAUUCGCCUUCGCCUGGAACCGCAGCUCAGUACAGCCACUUUUAUCACCUCCUUGUCCAGCUCCUCCACAUCCACAUGCUCCUCCUCGCAAACGGCUGAGACCACGCUGAUUGAAACAGCCGAGAAGUCGCCAUCCAGCGAAGCAGCUGCUGGAGGAGGGACACCAACAUCGCCACAACACUAUUUCCAUCACCAUCAUCCGCAGCCCCAGACCCGCCUAAAUCCGCAUCCGCAUCCGCAUCAGCAUCCGCACCUGCAACAGCAUACGCAUCAACAUCCGCACCACCAACGCCGUCCGGUAGAACAGCUUCAGCUGCUUCACAGUCACCACGAUGUCCCGGAUUUGUCCGGGCAGGAGGACUCCCCAUCGCAUUCCCAUCCGCAUCCGCAUCCAAAUCCGCACCAGCUGCGCUCGCCCAGCUCCGAGGAAGAUAAUUCGCCCACUGAAAUGAAUAAUUGCCGUCGUUUGGUUGAUAAACCGCCACUGGUAAAACGACUCACCAUGGGCAUUGGCCUGCUCCGUGGUACCGAGGACAGCCGCCCCCUGGUGCACAGCACCUGCGGCUCCUCGCUGGCCUCCGCAUCCGGAUCCAUUUCGGACGGCUAUGUGAACGAGGCCAUCUGCGAGCCGGACAAGUAUGUGGCCAGCAAAUUUGGUGAUUCGUGUCGCCAGUCGCUCUCCGCCCUGGAAAGUGCCACCCAGCGGCUGCAAGUGGAGCUGCCCGCCAGCAACAAGAAGUAUCUGAGGGAGACGUGCAGUGCCAACUCCAGUCCAAAGCUACAGUUCCCCGGACACACUGCCCUGCGACUGGAUAAUCUCAGUCUGGCAGAGCAACAGGAACUGAAGGGUGCAGCCUGGUUUCAGGCUGGGAUUCCACGGGAGAUAUCCCUGGAGGUCCUCUCCCGCCAAAGUCCUGGUGCUUUUCUAGUGCGGCAGAGCAGCACCAAGCCAGGAUGCUUUGCUUUGUCCCUGCGAGUGCCGCCACCAUCGCCUCGGGUGGCCCACUAUCUGAUCCUCAGGACCCAAAGGGGCUAUAAGAUUAAGGGAUUCACCAAGGAGUUCUCCAGCCUCAAGGCCCUAAUCACCCACCAUUCGGUAAUGCCGGAGCUCCUGCCCGUCCCACUGACACUGCCACGUCCCCCGAGUGCAAGAUCCCAGAGACCCGCCUACGGAGGCGGUAGCAGCAAUGGGGGCGGAGAUUUUGAGAUGUACGGCUCGUUGAACGAUUUUCGCAAAAUGAUGGCCGAUUUGAAUGUGUGACCACUGGGCGCACUUAAUUAAUUAAGUAAUUAUGUCACGUUGAUUGAAUUAAGCUGCCCACCCGGCUUGUCACAUUGUCCGGGUCGAGACAGGAUAACAAUCUGUUUAAUUUGCGUAAUUGGCUGUGCUGAUGACGACGGUUGACGUGGCUACCAAUGAAUAGGGUCCAUGUCCAUGUCCAUGUCCAGGUCCAACCGAUCUGCUCCUCCUGCGCCUGCUUCUGCUGCAGCCCACCUGUCUGUCAGGUGCUGCACACACACACACAUUUUUUUAUGAAAAUUGAUAAUAAAAUCAGCUACGUGAGCGGCUGUGGUUGCACGGUGGGAGUGGGAGUGUGGAUGUGGGUGGCGGUGGGCGGUGGGCGUGUGGCAUGGUGGUAUAGUAUGCUCUCAAAUCAUUUUUACGAAACUGAUUAAAAAAGUGCAAAAACAUGCAAUAUGUAUACGCAAACAGACAUCAAGUGAUUAUUAUUUUUCGCAUUUUUAUCAUUUUUAUUCGUUUGUACGGCUUUUGGCUGAGUGGCAGGUGCAACCGGCAGACAUCUGAAUGGGGCAGCCGGAUUAAAUGUUAAUGUUUGUUGGUAAGGGCAGAGGUUGCAGGCCAGCUACCGAAUACCGACUGCCGGCUGCUGGGAUUUGGAAUGCUAAAGUGCUUCGAGUACAAUAAAUAUUUUUCGAGUGGAGCAUUGGAUGCACAAAAAUAUAUACAAAACAAAAAAUAGCUAGCUAGAUUAAUAUAUAAACUAGAUAACUUACUUAUUACAUUUAUAACCGUAUGUACUUUGUGUAAUAAAAUAUAUAAACGAAAGAAGUAGAA